AUUAUUUCAAGCUUUUCCACAGAUAUGGCUACAGAACAUUCUCAGAGAUGUUGCGAAGAACUUGCUGCCGCAGGGGCUAUAGAUAAGUUGCUGACGCUUAUUCGCUCAGUGAGCCGAAGUAUACCUGAUCAGGAGGUUCUCAAGCAUGCUCUGUCAAGUCUCCGAAAUCUGGCUCGCUACCCUCACUUACUUGAUUUGCUGAUCCAAAGCAACGGUUCUCUACAGACAAUUCUCUGGGAAUUACUAAGGAAUAAGGAAGACAGUUACUUCAUUGCUUCUGAACUUCUGAUGAAGAUAUCUUCCACUCCUAAAGGUGUUGAAUCGUUACGCAAGCUACCUGCACUUGUAAAACGACUGCAUGCUCUUGUUGAGGAGCUUACACGGAAGGCAAUCUACGAGAAAAGAAAUGGAAGAGCUGCCAGUGCAGUUAUAAAAGAGAAUAGAGAGAGGAGAUUGAAGGAGGCUGCUGGGAUUCUCAAACUGAUAACAAGUGCCUAAAGUGUUGUCGUCAUGCCACAGCGUGCAACAGAUGGAUAUUUGUAAGGAAACAAGUCUUCGUCUUACUUUGAUUUGUUCGUUGUGUACAUCUCGUGGAUUCAAUGAUUGAGGUAUCUAGCUGAUUUCCUGAUCACAAACAUGGUUAAUCGUUUGUUAACUGGAUAUAGUUUUUGAAUAUUCAACCAAAAAGGAAAUGUUAAAUAUAAAUGAUUGUCUUGUAGUUGUAACUA